AUCAUCCUAACGAAGCGCAAAGAUGGCAAUGCGUAUUUAAGGCUAGACUUUGGAGAGUACCGUAUUCAGGAAUAUUCUUUGCUGAUAUUAUAAAGACACAAGCCUGGAAAUCAACGGCGGACAGUGGGGGGAAUUUGGGGACGGUCAUGGCGGGGGUGGGAGCCAGGAGGAGAAAGACGGGGCUCCCUGGGUUCUGUUGGAAAACAUGCUAUUUCCACAUCCUCUUCUGGGUCGUGUCUGUGUGUGAAGAAGAGAGAACGUUUAUUGUUGAGACGUGGCUGAAGAACUAUGGCUACCUACUCCCUCAUGACAUCCGAAUAUCGGACCUGCGAUCGGAGAAAGCCAUGCAGUCGGCGGUCGCUGCCAUGCAGCGGUUUUAUGGCAUUCCAGUGACAGGAGUCCUUGACCAAACCACCAUCGAGUGGAUGAGAAAACCUCGCUGUGGUGUUCCAGACCAUCCUCACAUCAGCCGUCGCAGGAGAAAUAAACGCUACGCCCUCACCGGACAAAAAUGGAGGGACAAAAAGAUUACGUACAGCAUACAUAAUUUCACCCCCAAGGUGGGUGAGAAAGACACUCAGAGGGCGAUUCGUCAGGCCUUUGACGUCUGGCAAACCGUGACCCCGUUGACCUUUCAGGAAGUGGCUUAUUCUGAGAUCAAAAAUGAGGGUAAAGAGGCCGACAUCAUGAUCUUUUUUGCCUCCGGUUUCCACGGUGACAGUUCCCCCUUCGACGGAGAGGGAGGUUUUUUAGCUCACGCUUAUUUCCCUGGUCCCGGGAUUGGCGGAGACACACACUUCGACUCAGAUGAGCCCUGGACGCUGGGAAAUGCCAACCAUGAUGGCAAUGACCUUUUUCUCGUGGCGGUACAUGAGUUAGGACAUGCUUUGGGUCUGGAACAUUCUAAUGACCCCAGUGCCAUCAUGGCCCCCUUUUACCAGUACAUGGACACACACAACUUCAAACUGCCUCUGGACGAUCUUCAGGGCAUCCAGAAAAUCUAUGGUAUACCUACAGCCAUGCUGGAGCCCACCCGUCCUCUUCCUACACUACCUGCACGCCGAACACACUCCACCUCAGAGAGAAAACAUGACCGGCAGUCCCGGCCCGCUCGUCCACCCUCCGGUGACCGCCCAUCCUCCGGCAACGGCAAACCCAAUAUCUGUGAUGGCAAUUUCAACACGGUGGCCUUCUUUCGGCGGGAGAUGUUUGUUUUUAAGGAUCGCUGGUUCUGGCGUUUGCGAAACAACAAGGUACAGGAAGGCUAUCCCAUGCUCAUCGAGCAGUUCUGGAAGGGUCUUCCUCCCCGCAUUGACGCUGCUUAUGAGAGAUCCGACGGCAAGUUUGUGUUCUUUAAAGGAGAUAAGUACUGGAUUUUCAAGGAGGUUACAGCGGAGUCCGGUUACCCCCACAGUCUGGUAGAGAUGGGCAGCUCUUUGCCACGUGAUGGCAUCGACACUGCUUUACGCUGGGAACCCGUGGGCAAAACCUACUUCUUCAAAGGUGACCAGUACUGGCGUUACAACGAGGAGAAACGCAACGUUGACCCAGGUUACCCCAAACCCAUCAGCGUGUGGAGGGGCAUCCCUGAGGGUCCACAGGGAGCGUUCAUCAGUCGAGAAGGAUUUUAUACCUACUUCUACAAAGGAAAGGACUACUGGAAGUUUGAUAACCAGAAGUUAACCGUGGAACCAGGUUACCCCAAAUCUAUCAUCAAAGACUGGAUGGGCUGCGACCAGUCUGAAAUGGAAAAGAACAAAGACAGGCACCUUCCGAACAAUGACGUUGACAUCAUGGUGGCCAUCAACGACGUACCCAGCACUGUAAACGCCAUUGCCGUGGUCAUCCCGUGCAUUCUCUCACUGUGCAUUCUGGUCCUUGUAUACACUAUCUUCCAGUUUAAGAACAAAAACGUUCAACAGCACGUCACCUACUACAAACACCCUGUGCAAGAGUGGGUAUGACAGACCAGGGGGCGUUUUAGACCCUAAACGCUCGAACAUAACUGAGGGCUACUAUGCUGAGGUCUGAAAGCAUAUGUGACCAGUGCCUGUUUUCCGAAACUUGCCUCGGAAGGCUGAAAGGACAUGGCAAGAGCAUCAACGCCACUUGAGACAACGUAAAAAUACAAAUAUCGCAAUUUUUUAUAGCAUGAGCCCAAGGGACGAAACUUUUGGGAUUGUUGGGGAGGAAACCCAAGGUGAAACCCAUCGUUUUUACAACGUUUAGUCAACGUUAUCGUUGCGGAACGAAUGCUCCAGGUUUGGCAACAGAAGAAUCCAACUUGUUCUCAGAAUAAACUUGUAUAUGUUUUGAAGUAUUAAGAAAUAUUGAACAAAAACGAACAAAAAAAUAACUCAAGACUUGAAAAACAAUGUAGGUAGAAAGGCCAUAGAAAAGAAUACCAAGGAAUUCAUGCAGUCGUUUUCAUUUAUGAGGUGAAGGGUUCACCGCUAAUACUCGAAGACUUCGCAUUUUUUAGGGGGGUGGGUUGGGAGGCAUUUCAGAAAAAAGAAAAUAUCAACAACUGACUUUAACUUCAAUCUGAAUGUUUGUUUGCUAGAUAGUUUUUCUUUCUUUGACACCUGCCUACUCAUUCCACAAAGCAGGAACAGCAUUUGAUUUGUAACAACUAGGGCAGUCUUAAUACCUCCUCCUACGCUGUACUGUACCGCGCUUCUAUUUUCUUCUUCAGCUGUUUUUAACAGUCUGUAACAAAGGACGAUCUCUUUUUUGAUCAAAUUUUGUUUACAGACAGCAUUCGUGUUACGUUUUUAUAGGUGAAUCGUUUCUACCAACUUCUGUGGGAAAUCUUCGGGUCAAAGAGACAAAAAGAAGAAUGCAUAAAAUUGUGAGACACGAUUUUGAUUUAAUGUUUUUCUCACCCUCUUUUACGUUUGGUGUUUAAUUUAUUUAAAAAAUAUAUAUAUUUUAUCAAUUUAUUGCUUACAUUUGAUCACAUCUGAAUAUGAAAACGUUUCCGUUGCCUGCAGUACAGGAGAUGAUCUGUAAGCAGCUCAUCCGUUCUCUUAGAAUGAACAUAAUAUGCUGUACGUUUUACAUAAAAGUGACUUUAACUUCACGUGUUCGGUGUUUACCGUCUAACACUUCAUUCAUAAUGUCUGUCGAGUGCUUUAAUUGGUACGACUGUGAUGUUAAACAGUAAUGUGUGUUUGACUCCACUGUAUUAACACAUCUCUCCUCUCAUCCGCUGUGGAAUGGAAUACAUUGCACACUGCAAAGAGCUGAAGUGUUAUUGAUGUUUUAGGAUUAACUUGAUAAAGCUUCAGGCAUAUAUUAAAGGUUUGUAGAAUCUUAAUCAGUAAAUUAAGAUGGUAGAUUUGGCAAGGCUCCCUUUGGUAAGGCUUUACGGAUUUUUUUAAAUCAUCGCAAAUACAUUUGCCUUAACAUGUUGACUUUGCAUGUAAUACGAUAACUUGAUUUUCCUGUAAGGAAAAUACAUUUUUGUUGGACAUGUUUUAUUUAUACAGUAAAAGACAGUGUAAAUAUUGUACGCUCAGUUUAGUUUGGUUUUCUGGUGUCUUGAAAGGUUUGCCGAUGACUUGAUGAACCGUCUGAACCUGAUCAUGAGCUGUGACGUUGCAUCAGUAGUAAAAGGAAAAGUGACGCACAGGAUCAUUCGAUUUUGUUAAUACAUUUUAACCAACAUGAAUGUUUUCUGAAUAGCCCUGUUGUCUGUUAAGUGAACUUUAUGAACUUUUCUCUAGGCUUGUCUUCCAAAGUGACAUUUCAUGUGUUUGUGUCUUCUUUAAAGGGGAACCAACAUAUAGCCGUUGAUCUGAGAGAUGAAACAGAGCAGAUUAAUAUAUAUAGUAAUAAAAAACAAAUAGUAUGAUCUUUAAAGAAAUUAUAUUGUUAUUAACAUGUCAAACAAUGCCAUGGUAAUACAACUAAACCAUCUCCACAAAUCCAUUUUCUUUUUUUUAUAAACGGUGUGGUCUUAAAAUCAAUUGGUGUAAUGUUUCAUAAAACAUUAGAGAAAUGUAUAAUUGAGGUUUCGUGACUUCCCCUUUAAGACACUGUGCCUUGUUUAACAGUCAGCUAUGGCACAUCGAUUCCUACAUCUGUGUUGUGUUUUGAGAACGCAUCCAUAAAUCGUGUCCCUUGAUCAAAAACAACGCCUUUGCUUAUAGAAAAUGUGUCGCCGUUUAUUUUAGUUGACCCAAUUGUCAUGUCAUUUUUGGAUGUGUUUCGCGAGCAGAUUGGCGGUGGGUAGAGAAAUGGCUGAAGCUCGAGCAGAUUUUACACAUUCGUGCCCACCACUUGGGAAAGACUCGAUGUUAUUGUCUCUCGGAUAAGCAUUUUUAUUAGUCAACUCCUCCAUAUCUAGAGCACCUGCUCACUCCGACAAGCAAUGUGGCAAAUCGUCUAAUGUCUCGAGUACAGGCAGUUCUGGUUGGGAGUAUUUUAAAUGGAACACACUGUGCAUUACCAGCCGUCUUCCUCAAAUCUGUCCAAUAACCUGGUGUUGGUUUAAAAGAUAAAACCACCGAGACGUGGACUGAAUUUGACAGUGUGGUACAAAAGUGUGUGUUCAAAGACUGCGGUUUUGUGUGACGUUGGGAUGCUCGGUUCCCUGAGAGAGGUGUAUUUAUCAUUGUAAGAAAAAAGACGAAUCAUGUGGCAAGGCUGCUCGAAAUAGAUUCAGUUAUUUUAAGAGUCACGAUGAGAAAUUAUUGUUUAUUUGCAGAAACAAAUCUGGCAUUAAUAACUUGUAGCUAAAUAAGUCUCAGAACGGGGUCUGCACAUCAUUUUCUUUUUUUAAACUUGCACUAUAAUCACAUUUUUAGUACACAUUUUUGUGAAGAGACAGAACAAUGUACAUGUUACGGGGCGCUCUAUAAACAAUUUCCAGACCACUGAGCAAGCCAGUUUUAUGUGUAUAUAUAUUAACACACUUUAAACAGACCUAAUGUCAGAAGUGAGAUGUUUAUCAGAACUACAGUGUAUUUAUCAAAGGUGGAUAUCUUUAGAAAUGUUUGUCGUAGGGUCAUGUGAACGGUUUGUAAUGCUAGAGGCGUAUCAUACGAAAAGCUAUUUAUUUAUCAUCGAUGGAGACAUAAGGGUAUUAUUCUACACCGUUUCGUUUAAAAUCGAGGUGAAGCCAUGCCUAUCACAUUAGAUGCACAGAAACAGAAAAUAAAUAAACAUGUACAGGGAGACAUAAAUAGGAAUUCUCUGGUAAUUUGCCUCUUUUAUGGGUACGAUUGUGGCUCUGGACAACAGUCACUUUGAACCCAAGCUGCUGUUGCCUUUUGUUUUUACUGUACUUUUAUGAGACUAACAAUAGGACAAACAUAUCAGAGGUAGUCGAGGACCCAACUGUAUUUACGCUUUUGAUUACAGAGGGUUAAUUUUAACGAAGAUUUUAUCUGAGAUAGCUUUAACGUUUCUUUCUUGACUUACCACAAGGGAAUUAAACCGUAUUACUGUACAUAUGUUUUUUUCCCUUUAAAAAACUGAACAGCGAAACGCUCGCUCUGUAAUUUGAAUCAAACAAUGCUGAUUCUGUCCUUCGAGUUUUGAUAUUUUCUGAUUUACCGGUAAAACGUUGCCGUCCGCUCAGCUUUUGUCCAAGUUUUAAUGGUCAUGUAAAUAUGAAGAUUUAAUGAAACUUUUUGAAGUUUAACCUUUUGUAUUUUUCUUUCACUCUGACUGUCGCCUAUGAUUUCACAUCGCAUAAUGUUAUCUUUCUUCAGGACGAGUGCUGUUAAACUGAAUUGGUUAACUAAUAUUAGAUAUGAUUAAAGCUUUAUUUGUUGAAUUGUUUUUA